AUGGAGGAGGAAGUCAAGACAGUGGUCUUCCAGAUGGAUGGUGAUAGUAGUCCGAGUCUGGAUGGUUUUAAGGGGUCGUUCUUCACUUCUUGUUGGGAUAUAGUGAAGGGGGAUACCUAUCGGGCUGUUUGUGAUUUUUUUGCAAGAGCAAAGCUAUCCUGGGGAUACAUAUCUACGUGGUUGGCCCUGAUACCUAAGAUACCUGGGGCGUCUAUCUCAGAAUUUCGACCUAUCAGAUUGUGUAAUUUUGUGAACAAGAUCAUAUCUAAGCUAUUGGCGAGGCGAUUGAAAAACGUGUUGCCGAAGAUAAUAUCGCCACAGCAGAGUGGCUUUGUAAAGGGGUCAUGCGAAGGUUUGGUUUUGGGAAACAAUGGCUUGACAUGGUUUGGAGAUUCAUUUCUUCAUGUCAUUUUCCAGUUUUGGUUAAUGGGAAACCAUGUGGUUUUUUCCGGUCUUCUCGGGGUUUACGCCAAGGGACUGUUUAUCCCGGCUUUAUUUAUUAUUGCGGUUGAGGUGUUAUCUAGGAGCUUGAAUGAUUUGUUAGGUGACUCGAGACUUGUUCCUUUCUUUGUGACACGGGAGUGUCCGACUCUGACGCAUCUUGCCUAUGUUGAUGACAUUAUCAUCUUUUGCAAUAGUGGUAAGCAGUCCCUUGGGUGUGUAAUGAAGGUGCUGGAGGGUUACCAGGUGGUGUCAGGGCAACUGGUGAACGCUGCGAAAAGCUAUUUUUUGGUAAACAAGAAAGUUUCUUUGGCCCGCCGGAGGGUGACCGGGUUCUCUUCUAAAAGUUUGCCAGUUACAUACUUGGGUUGUCCGUUAUUUGGGGGGAGACGAGUGAAAGCCUUAUUCACUAAUUUACUGAACAAAGUCUCUCAACAAAUUACUUCUUGGCAAGGUCGGUGGUUAUCAAUGAGUGCUCGGGCUUUACUUAUUAAGCAUGUAUUGUCGUCCAUGCCGAUUCAUAUUUUGGCAGUGUUGGAACCCCCAAGAGGGAUAGUCUCUGAGCUAGAGCGAAUGUUUGCAAGCUUCUUCUGGGGAGAGUUAGAAUUUGGCGCUAAGCGGCACUGGGCAAAGUAG